CACUGUCCCGUCCGAGUUACUGCACUUUCAGCUCACCUGCGAAUCCUCCUUCUCACCUGCGUCUCUCCUUCUUCUUCUUCUUCUAACCAUUCUGAGCUUUCUCUGCCAUCUUGGUCCUCCGUUGCCGCUUUCGAAACCAUGGAGAACAAGCCCAUCUUCAUAGUCGAAGAGAGGAAAGAGCUCAUGCUCUCCCCCAACAGAGACGCCCACCCGGCCCUAAGAACGGGUCACUUUCUCAAACCCACAGCGACGGAGCCCGACCCUCCUCCGCUCGUUUCCACCUUGUCGCCGCCGGAGAACUUGCCGAUCAACAUCAGGUUCAACAACUGGCGUCGCCCGACCAAUAGCUGGACCGCAUGGGUCGAUCGCAUGGAGUCCAUGUACGAGCUCAUAUGGAAAAGAGCUGGCAUUUACGAUGCCAUCAAGUGUUCGACAUUCUUGAUCCAUAAGCACACUCGUUUAGUCCUCGGGCUCGCUCAGAAUUGGUGUCCCGGCACAAACACCUUCGUUUUUCCCUGGGGCGAGGCCACCAUCACGCUCGAGGACGUGAUGGUCUUAGGGGGUUACUCUGUUUGGGGAUCGUCCCCUGUUUUGAGCCAUCUCAGGGACCAGUCGCUGGAGGUUGAGAUGAAGCUGAAGAAGCUGAAGCGAGCGAUAUCCGAGAUAUCAAAGACCACAGCGAAGAAGGCGGACAGCUGCAAGUGGAUGGAGAAGUUUAGGGACACUGGGAGCGAUAAUGAGCACGAUGCCUUCCUCGCGUUUUGGCUGUCGAGGUAUGUGUUCCCGCGCCCUGGCAAUGUGAUCUCUAAGAGGGUACUGCCGAUGGCCAUAGGUCUGGCUAGAGGUGUGAGGAUCGCCCUUGCGCCUGCUGUUUUAGCUCGUAUUUAUAGAGAGUUAAGGAGGCUGAAGAGUAUUUUAGAUGGACUAGUUCCCAGGUUGAAGGAUGGAAAUGAAUCGGAUUCGAUUGAUCUGAAAUUGUGGGCGCAGUUUGCUUUGGUUCAAGUAUGGGCUUGGGAGAGGUUUGCAACCCCCAUCAGGCCAAAUUCUAGAGAGGUUCAGCCAGGGGAGCCUAGGUUGGGUCGAUGGCACAAAUCACCAAAAUUGAACCUUCACAAUGUGCAUUCCAUGAUGGGCGAAGCCGGAUUGCAGUUUAAAUGGCGUCCCUACAGCUUGGUCGUGAAUGACUCAGCAUCCUAUGCAUUUUAUGGUGAGAAAGAGAACUGGGUGUCGCUGGAGGAGGACGCUGAUGGGGAACUGAGGUCAUUCGCUCGCUGCUUGAUGGCUCGUGAGUUGCCUGGGCUGAAUUUUGUUGAGAAGUACUCGCCUCAUCGAGUGGCCAUGCAAUUUGGGAUGGAUCAAGAUAUGCCUGGCCGUGUUGCUCCCUGCAACCAGGACCCCGAGAUUGCUUGGGACAACUACAGCAAGUCACUCCAAGAUGUGCAGUUGUACAUUCCAGCCAGGCUUUACGAACCGUGCAUAACAGCUCGCUAUGCUGAGUGGUGGGCUUCAAGGAGUUCAAAUAGAUCGGUGCAGGGUUUAAAAGGAAGGUCGGGAGUUAAUGAUGACCUGGUUCCUCCCGGUUUUCAGCCGAAAAGUUUAAGCGUUGACACGGGUGACUCCAACGAAAAUGAUGACAGGCUAACUCUGGGGGAACUGUUGAGGUCCAAAAGGCGAAGAAGUGCUGCCAAGAACUGCUCGGUUGGCGACUGCGACGAUUGCUCAGGGAUUCAUCAAACACAAAGUUCCUACGUAAAGAAUGUGGAGAAAACUGACAUUGAAAUGGGAGGGUCACCAAUGGAACCUGUGGAGAUAAACAGGCCCCACGCUACUGCUGCUGGAGGAGCUCAAAGAGACAAUGAGGAAGACACAAAUGAAGUAGGGCAGAGAUUUACUGAAGGAGGUUUAGCCGACGAAAAUACGGGAGAAAGCAGUGAGUGUUUAACGUAUGAAAUGCUAGUGGCUGAUCUCGAAGCUCGGAUUAGCAAGCUGGAGAGAGCAGUUGCUGAGCGAAAAGCUCGUAUUACCAAAUGAAAAGUUACUCCACAGAAUUAGAACUGUGAUGCUUUCAUGUCCACUGUCUACUGUCCUUCCAUGUCUGUAAUACUUGAACUGGAUCUCUUUUAAGUUAAAGCUCUUGGAUAUCAUUUCCUUUUCUUCUCCUUCUUAUUCUAUUACAUUUCAUUUGUCUUGCUUGGGGUUCGCA